UAGAAAACAUAAUUAUCUUUCCAUAAAUAAUUAAAAAUCAUUACCCUCUUCCUCUCCUCUAUCAAAAAAAUGCACAAUCAAUGAUAUUCCUUCACAUAUUUUUUUUUCCUGUUUUAAGGUUUCCCACCUUUUAUUUUCUGUCUCUCUAUCUUUUUUUUUUCUCUCAAACUCAACUUUCUUCACACUCCCAAAAAAAAAAAGAAAAAUCAUUCUCUUACAUUUCCAUUUCCCAUAUCUCCCCUUUUGCCUCUUCCCAGAGAAAUACCCAAUCACCCAAAAGAAAUUGCCCAUUUUUGCGAUGUUGCGAUCAUCUGAUCAAAUGAAAUAUUUGAGUUGGGAUCUGAUUCAAAUAUUGAGUUUAAUCUGAUGGGAUUUUCAAUCUAGGGUUAGGGUUUUCUUUGGGGAAGAAGAGAAGGGGAAAUAGUGAGUGUUUUUUCAAGAUGUUGAACAAAUUUAUGAAACGAGGGAAUCGAAAAGGUUCUAAAUCAGAUGAUAUAGGGUUUUCUCCUAAUCCUCGAGGAUCUGGGAUAGUUGCUUCUUCCAAUGUGGUUGUUAAUCAUGCCUCUAGAGUUGGCGCUCCGUCUGGCCCGAAUGCUACACCACAAGGCGCAGGUGGGGCUGUUGUCGUGGCUUCCCAGCCUACAGGUUCGGUUGAGGCUCUUCCUUUGUUUAAGGAUGUUCCAGCUGCUGAACGACAGAAUUUGUUUAUGAGAAAGUUGCAAAUUUGUUCAUUUCAAUUUGAUUUUAGUGAUACAUUGAAAUCAGUUAGGGAAAAGGAAAUUAAAAGACAGACGUUGAUGGAAAUAAUUGAGUUUAUUCAAUCUGGGUCUGGAAAAAUUCAUGAAACUGUUCAAGAAGAAAUGAUUAAGAUGGUUUCUAUUAAUAUUUUUAGAUGCUUGCCCCCAUCAUCCCAUGAAAAUACUGGUGUUGAAGCUACUGACCCUGAAGAGGAAGAACCCUUUCUCGAGCCCUCGUGGCCUCAUUUGCAGCUCGUUUACGAGCUUCUACUGAGAUAUGUUGUAUCCCAAGAUACGGACACGAAAGUUGCUAAACGUUACAUUGAUCAUUCCUUUGUGUUGAAGAUAUUGGAUUUGUUUGAUUCAGAGGAUCCCAGGGAAAGGGAGUAUCUAAAAACCAUCCUUCAUAGGAUUUAUGGAAAGUUUAUGGUGCAUAGACCAUUUAUUAGGAAAGCUAUCAACAAUAUCUUCUAUCGGUUUAUAUAUGAAACAGAGAGACACAGUGGUAUAGGUGAGCUAUUAGAGAUUCUUGGAAGUAUAAUCAAUGGAUUUGCUCUUCCCAUGAAAGAGGAGCAUAAGUUGUUCCUCGUUCGUGCGCUGAUUCCACUUCAUAAACCAAAGCCAGUUGGGUUGUAUCAUCAGCAACUAUCUUACUGCAUUACUCAGUUUGUUGAGAAAGAUUAUAAGUUGGCAGAUACAGUUAUAAGGGGUUUGUUGAAGUAUUGGCCUGUUACUAAUUGCCAGAAAGAGGUUCUUUUUCUUGGGGAGUUGGAAGAAGUAUUAGAGGCAACGCAGGGUGCUGAAUUUCAGCGCUGUAUGGUUCCACUGUUUCGACAGAUUGCUCGAUGUCUCAAUAGUCCUCAUUUUCAGGUAGCUGAACGAGCCCUGUUCUUAUGGAACAACGAGCAUAUAGUUAGCUUAAUUGCGCAAAACCGAAAUGUGAUACUGCCCAUCAUUUUUGAUGCAUUGGAGAAGAACAUUCAAAGUCAUUGGAACCAAGCUGUUCACGGGCUCACUGUCAACGUCCGAAAAAUGUUCCUUGAAAUGGAUGUACAGCUCUUCGAAGAGUGUCAGAAACAAUACGAAGACAAAGUAUCUCGAGCCAAAGACGUAGAAGAGCAGCGAUUGUUGACGUGGAAGAGACUAGCGGAAGUGGCGGGUGAGGACAUGCUUACUGCUUGAACGAUUCGAAUGUUGGUUAAUUUCGUAUCCAGCAGCAUCAAGAAGCAAAAGCACCUUAUGGAUUUUUCUUAUCUCCAUUUUGGUGGUAUUCUUUUUUCUUUCUUUUUAUUUUCUUAUCUCAAAAUUUUUUGAUCCUUUGAUAUAUUUUUUUCCUUCUGACCACUGAAGAUGUUGUGGAAAUCAAAUGAGUGAUAAAAAUGUAAUUUAUUUUGUAUCAAAAAAUUUGUCAGAUGAAGAAUGUAUUGCCCAUGUCUCUUCCUAAAAAGUGUAUUUGAUGUUCAUUGCUAGAUUAAAUCCAAAUUAGAUUUAUUUUUUGGUGAUCAA